AUGGCUCCCGACGUAUCAAAAGCUCUGGAGCUAAUAGACGCCGCUCACAGAGAGGACCCGAACACUGUCGAAGUUGAUGGCGAGAAAAUCCCCUACGAGCUACACUACGCUCGAAAAAUGACCCAAUUUCUCGACCUUCACACGCCCGAUGCAGGCCCCCUGCUUGCCACGGCCGCCCGAGCGCAGCACUUCCGGCGCUGGGAGGUGCCUCGCGACAGCUACCCGCGCACCAAAGCCGGUUACUUUGCAUGGCGCACGUUCCUGAAAAAGCGACAGGCCGAGCAAGUGCGACAGAUCUGUCUGGAGUGCUCGUACAGCGAAGAGGAAGCGGGCAAAGUGGCGGCGCUGAUUGCGAAGGAGGAUUUGAAAAAGGGGGAAGGUAAGGGCGACGCCGACGCGCAGGUCAUUGAGGACGUGGCCUGUCUGGUGUUUCUGGACGAUCAGUUUGACGAGUUUGAAAAGGGCCACGACGAGGACAAGAUCAUUGGGAUAUUGCAGAAGACGUGGGUGAAGAUGGGGCAACGAGGACAGGAGUUGGCGUUGGCUAUGGACUUGAGUGACAGGGCAAAGGAGAUGAUAGGCAAGGCUCUGGCUGCGUGA